AUGCCAAUUAUGGUGCAUUCUUACAAGAUCUUUACAGAGCGAUUAUUUUAGAUUCAAAAGCUACAAUACUGAACAAAAAUUUGGAAUUUUAUGGAUCAAUUGCAAAUACAGUUCUUAAAGGUAAUCAAGUACAUAGGUUGAAACUUCACGCUGGUGAUAUUGUAGAGCUAGAAGAAGGUAUUGCAUAUGCUAGAAUUAAGUCAAUUUUUUGGCAUCAAGCAAAUAACAGUCAAUAUUACGGAUAUUUUUUUUAUUGUAUUGGUUUAAGGCAAUAA